UAGAACAAACCAGCUGAUUUGGAACUCACGUUUUGUUUGGAAUGCAACAACAGUCGUGCCCUUGUGUUUCAACGCCGACUCUCUGUCUGUCUCUCUCACCAUUGAACACAGAUUAUUGCUCUGUCGCCGAUUGUGCUUCGUCACCGACUAUUUCUCUGAUAUUCAGUGGACUAAUGGGUUCAUCAACAACCGAGCCUCUUCCUGCAAUGCAGGAAGUUUUUCUGGAAUUUCGUGCUGGUAAAAUGUUAAUGGAGGGGAAACGGGUUAUUCCAGAUUCACGUAAAGGGCUUGUCCGCAUAGCAAGGGGUGAAGAAGGAUUGGCCCAUUUUCAGUGGCUUGAUCGAAUUCAUAAUGUUGUUGAAGAUGAUCAGAUUGUUUUUCCCGAGGAGGCAGUUUUUGAGAAGGUUACGCAAGCAUCUGGAAGGGUUUACAUCUUAAAGUUCAAUAUGGAUGAUAGAAAGUUCUUCUUUUGGAUGCAGGAGCCAAAUGCAGAAGGUGACUCACAAUUAUGUGACUCAGUUAACUUUUACAUCAACCGACCAUUAGAGUUCCCUGGUGAGGAAGAGCCUGAUGCUUCUGUUCCGUUACAGAAUUCUGAAGACAUGGUUGAGGAUGAUAUCUCAUCAAGGGCUGGGAAUUUGGUUGGCCCAAGCAUUGGUGCAGAAGUAACUAGUGAUGUCACCUCUUCUGGACCUGUGAAAUUGGCAGAUCUACAGAGAAUACUGAGUAAUAUUGGGCCUGCUGCUGGUGAAGUUGAAGAUCCAGAUGCAGGCUUUGGAUUGGGGGAUAUUUUGAAGCCCGAUUUGAUAUUCCCUUUACUAGAGACUCUUCCAAUGGAAGAGCAGCUGACAUCAUAUUUACCUGAGGGCCAAUGGACUCCAGAGGAGUUAAUGGAUUUACUGCAGAGCCCUCCUUUCCGCCAACAAAUAGAUUCAUUUACUUAUGUGCUUCGAACUGGACAGAUAGAUCUCACUCAAUUUGGAAUUGACCCAAGUAAAUACAAGUUCACUGUUCUGUCUUUCCUUGAGGCACUUGAAGAUUCUCUUCCCAAAAUGUCAGAAUCCGAGGAGACUAGGCAAGGUGAAAAGGAUUUAAGCUCUCGGGCCUCUAACCAUAGAGAUCCGGUGAAUGAGGGCCAAUAGUGGAGUCAAUCUGAUUCUUAUCCCGUGCUUGUUUCACCGUUGCUGUUUGUUGUGAGGGAAAGGAAUUUUACUUGCUUAUUUCAUACUUCUCAUACACAUCUACUCAAGUCCAAGUCCAAGUCCAAGUUACGCUUGUAUCAUCUGCUGCUGUUGGAAGGUGCCAUUUUGAGCUAUGAAAGUAAUGGUGAUGAAAGGAGAUAAACAAACAGAAUUUUUACUAAAACAUUAUGGAGAUUUUGUUUGGGUGAAAACAGUUUUUGGAUUUUUUUUUUGUAUAAUGAAAAAUAAUUGUCAACCGAGAUUGUUUUUGUAGUCUAGAAAAUGAUUGGAUUUGGUACU